AUGCGCCCAUCCGCCCUCAUCCCCGCGCUUCUCAGCGCCGCCGCCCUUGUCCUCGCCUUCCUCUGCCUCUUCGCAGGCCAUAAGAAGAACUUCAUGGAAGACUACUCCAUCCUCACGCUCAACACGUCACGGCUGGGCGAGGGCGUCGUCAACGGCACCCUGGGCAACAGCGACAGCACGCUCGGCUCCCUGUGGGACCUCGUCCCCGACAGCAUUCAGAACGACGUCAGCGAGGCCGCGGGCGUCGUCACUGAGAAGCUUGGUAUCGAGGACUUCUACUCCGCCCACCUCCUCGACUACUGCUACGGCCAAUACACGCCCACCGAAGCCGCCAACGCCACCGUGUCCGCCGGGGACAUCCACAAAAACGUGACCGGCUGCUCCAACCAAACCGCCAUGUUCUACUUCAACCCCACGCAAAUCAUCGAAGACGCCCUCAACAAGUCCGGCCUCGAUGUUACGCUCGACGACCUCGAGUGGCCCGCCGACAUCCAGCGCGGCCUCGACACCCUGCGCGUCGUCAGCAUUACCGCGUUCGUGCUGUACUGCAUUUCCAUCGGGCUGAUCUUCCUGUCCUUCAUCGCCGCUUUAGUCGCCGUCUUUACCUCGGGCAGGCUGUCCGCGUGCGUCAACUUGCUCCUGGGUAUCCUCGCGUUCCUGGCGAUUGGACUUGCCAGCGCGCUCGUGACGGCGGUGAUUGAGAAGGGUGGGGAUAUCAUUAAUGAGCAUGGGAAGGACAUUGGACUCGAGGCGGGCAAGGGCAAGAAGUUUAUGGCGCUCACGUGGGUGAGUACGGGCUGUAUGUUUUUGGUGCUGGUGAUGUGGUGUGUGGAGACGUGCGUUGGACGCCGGAGGAAGGGUGCGUACGUCAAUGGUAAGCACGGCUAA